AUGUCUCGCCGUCGAACAUCACACAGCGAAAUGAACGAAGCCGUCGCAUAUCCCUUUUCCAUGUCCAGUCCGCCACAGCAGCUCCAGCAGCCACCGUCAAUCGGUAGUCCCCCUCGCCGCGGUCCCAUCGAAGGUCCCAAUGGUCGCCGUCUUAUCCGCCGCGUCACCUGGCGCUCCUCCACAUACAAACUCAUGGCUUCGCUGUGGGUGCUGGCCGUGCUGUAUAUCGUCUGGCUGGUCCGCGACCUCUUCUACCAGCCCACCCCGCCGGAACCCGAGUCUGCCUCCAUUUGA